UAACGUCGUUAUAAUUUAUUCAGCCCAUCCUCAGCAAAACAGUGGUUAGUAAUAAUUUCCGAGGAGGCCCCGAAUGCAUCCACGGUACAUGCAGUAGAUGGCUUUAAACACAGAGCGACGCUGUUGGAGAAACGCGGCCCCUCUCACCUGUCCUCCGCAUCCACCUGGCCUGAAGGAAACAACCACAACAAACCUUACAUUAUGCAAGUCAAGCUGGCUUCACGAGAAUGACUGGCUCCAGUUAAGUGAAGACCCGUCUACUCACUCACCAGAGGAGUUCUCGGUCAACAAGUGUCCCGCUAAGUGCCACUUAGGUGGGGCUUUUCUCAGAGCGCAGCAGACCCCAGCGAGGCUUGUGUCCUUAUCGUCAAAGAGCUCGUGUAAAGCUUUCCUCCUGGAUUACUUGUGGAGAUUAGUGAUGGGGAAUGUGGCCGCGGGGGGCUUGGAGCAGGAGCCGUCUGAGGGCCGAGAGGCCAGAGACUCGGUCGGAGGAGCUCCGGGAACGAGUGACCCCACUCCGACCCUGCAGAAGAAGAAGCAGCCGGCUCCCCCCAAACUACCCAUGCCUCCGGAGGACGAGCUGGAGGAGCGCUUCAACGUGGUGCUGAGCUACAUGAACCUUCCUCCAGACAAACUGAAGCUGUUGAGUCAGUACGACAACGAAAAGAAGUGGGAACUAGUGUGUGACCAGGAGCGUUUCCAGGUGAAGAGCCCCCCCUCCAUCUACCUGGCCAAGAUCAAGAGCUGCUACCAGGAUCAAGGAGGGGUGUCCCGCAGGCUGAAGAAAAGGAUCCAAGAGGCCACUCAGGUCCUCCGGGAUCUGGAGAUAUCGCUUCGCACAAACCACAUCGGGUGGGCUCAAGAGUUUCUCAACGAGCAGAACAAAGGCCUGGACAUCCUGCUGGAGUACCUGUCCCACGCUCAGAGCGACGUCUCGUUCGAUGCGGACGGCGUUGAGAACGGCGGCUCCCUGCCGGAGAGAGGGAAACUGGCCGACAGGUCGAUGGAGGACUUGACCAAAAGCUCCGGAGGCUCCCCGUCACACGGGAUGAGCAGAGCCGCUCGAGCUCUGACCAUAAGAAUAAGCUCCACUCUGACCAACAAGAUGCACAAGAAGUCCCAUUCGUACAACCAGAGGGACGACGUGCACGUGUGCAUCAUGUGCCUGCGAGCCAUCAUGAACUACCAGUCCGGCUUCAACCUGGUGAUGACCCACCCGCGCUGUGUGAACGAGAUCACCCUCAGCCUCAACAGCAGGAAUCCCAGGACCAAAGCCCUCGUGCUGGAGCUGCUGGCCGCCGUGUGUCUGGUGAGAGGCGGACACGACAUCAUUCUGUCUGCGUUCGACAACUUCAAAGAGGUCAGCAGAGAGAGGAACCGCUUCGAGAAGUUGAUGGAGUACUUCAUCAACGACGACAGCAACAUCGACUUCAUGGUGGCUUGCAUGCAGUUCAUAAACAUCGUGGUGCAUUCAGUGGAGAACAUGAACUUCCGCGUUCAUCUGCAGUUCGAGUUCACUAACCACGGGCUGGACAAGUACCUCGGGCGUCUGAAGCAAACGGAGAGCGAGAAGCUGCAGGUGCAGAUCCAGGCCUACCUGGACAACGUGCUGGACGUGGGAGCCCUGCUGGAGGACGCUGAGAACAGAGGAGGGGUGAUGGAGCACGUGGACGAGCUGCAGGAGCACAACGUGCAGCUGAGCGCUCGGCUUCAGGAGAUUGAGAGUCAGACUGCGGAGAGGAUGUCCGAGCUCGAGACUCAGCUCAUGCAGGCCACCAAGGAGACGGAGCUGCUCAAAGAGAGCCUGCGGGACUCCUGCUCCCAGGUCGGCGCUUUGCAGCAGAGGGAGCGGGAGCGGGAGCUGGACCGGGAGCGGGAGAAGGACAGGGAGCGCCUGAGCACCUCCGCCCCUGCGACCUCCUCGGAGCUGGAGCAGAAGGUCAAGGAGCUGCAGGACAAGGGCCUGAUCCGCCUGGGCCGCAGCCCCUCCGGAGGUCUGGACAUCCAGGUGGUGCCCGUCACGGUGGUGGAGUACGUCCAGGCCACGGCCCCCGAUGCGGCCCCCCCUGCUUCUGCCCCUCCACCAGCUCUUGCCGGUGGCCCAGAGGGGGUGGCCUCUCCUCCUCCACCUCCACCACCGCCUCCUCCCCUAGGAGGUUGCGGCGGCGUGCCCCCACCUCCUCCUCCUCCUCCUCCUCUGCCUCAUCUUGGAGGUCCACCACCCGCGCCUCCCAUGCCUGGCUCUGGACCCCCACCAGCUCCGCCCCCGCCUGGUUCUGGACCCCCACCACCACCCCCUCCACCUGGUGGUGGUCCGCCUCCCCCGCCUGGAGCAGCAAACCCUCAAUCAGCGGUGAAGACCAAGAAGCCCAUUCAGACCAAGUUCAGGAUGCCGCUGUUGAACUGGCAGGCCUUGAAGCCCAACCAAGUGACAGGAACCGUUUUCAACGACCUCGAUGACGAGAAGGUCUUAGAUGAGUUGAACAUGGACAUGUUUGCGGAACACUUUAAGACCAGGGCCCAGGGAAACACAACAGACGUGUCUAACAUCAAGAAGAAGGUGGUCCAGAAGGCCCCCAGCAAGUUGUCCUUGAUCGAAGCCAACAAGGCGAAGAAUCUGUCCAUCAGUCUACGCAAGGGGGGAAUGAACCCGUCCGCCAUCUGCACCGCCAUAGAGACGUACGACCAGAAGUCUCUGUCCAUCGACCUCCUGGAAAUACUCGUGCCCUUCAUUCCGUCAGACUAUGAGAUGAAGCUGCUGGUAAACUAUGAGAAAGAUGGCCGCCCGCUGGAGGAGCUGACCGACGAGGAUCAGUUCGUCUUACGCUUUGGGAAGAUUCCCCGUCUGAAGCAGCGGAUAAACACUUUCACCUUCAUGGGCAACUUCCCGGACACGGUGAAACGCCUGCAGCCGCAACUGAACUCCAUCAUCGCGGCGUCCAUGUCCAUCAAGUCUUCAACCAAACUGAAAAAGAUCCUAGAGAUCGUCCUCGCCUUCGGGAACUACAUGAACAGCAGCAAGAGGGGAGCAGCGUACGGCUUCCGGCUGCAGAGUCUCGACCUUCUGUUGGAGACAAAGUCCACGGACCGCUCGCAGACGCUUCUUCACUUCAUCACCAGCAUCGUCCAGGAGAAAUACCCCGACCUGGCCAACUUCCACACGGAGAUCCACUUCGUUGACAAGGCCGCGCUCGUGUCGCUGGACGGCAUCCUGCAGGACAUCCGCUCGUUAGAGCGGGGAAUGGAAAUGACCCAAAAGGAGUUUGCGGAGCAGGACGACAGCCCCGUGUUGAGGGAUUUCAUCAAGACCAACAGCGAGCAGCUGGAGACGUUGAUCAAAGACAGCAAGACGGCCCAGGAGGCGUACGGCUCCGCGGUGGAGUAUUUCGGCGAAAACCCCAAAACCACGCAGCCGUCCAUGUUCUUCCCGCCGUUUGGCCGCUUGAUAAAGGCCUAUAAGGCGGCGCAACAACAGAUUGAGCAGAAAAAGAAGAUGGAGAGUGUGAGCAGCGAGGAAAAGGGGCCACCGAGCUCUCCAAGCAAGGCCGUGGGCCAAAAGGGGCCCAUGAUGCCGAAGAUGGACCUGAUAGCGGAACUGAAGAAGAGGCAGGUGAAGCCGCAGGUGCGCGAGGGGAAGGACGGCGCUCUGGAGGACAUCAUCACAGAUCUGAGGAACACGCCGUACCGGCGCACAGAUGGUCGCAGGCCGCCGCCGCCGCGCCAGGACACUUGAGCCACUACUGUUCCAACUGUGUCCGUUAAAAUGUAUAUAUGCGCUGUGCCAAAAAGAUGUACGGCGGUGUGUACGUUUCUGUACGAGUCUUUGCCGUGUAAAUAGAACUUGAAGUUGGAACAAUUUUAUAUUUUUUAAAUGCUAAAACCAUUCGGAUUACGAGUCCUCACCAUGUGUCCCUGUGACGCCUUUUGGACGCUUUCAAUCUGCAGAGUUGUAUCAUGUUGAGGGAUUAAAACCAAAAUCCCUUUCCAUGUACCUGUGUGUGUUUGUACGAGAGUUUUGAUCAACAUUCAUUUUGCCUCAAACGCUCAUUCCCUGAACACACAAAGGGGUCGUGACGAAUCAAGAUCAGACGCCACCACUGUACAAGAGAGCUGCACUUUAUUGGACACACAAUCACAGCAAGUUAUGUACAAAAGAAGGCAGGCUGAACUGCCGACUGUCUUCUCACGGGAAAAACACACAUUUCUCACAGAAUAUCAUCCACACUGAUAAAUUAGUAUCUCCAGUAUCAGUAGGCUUUUUAAAUUUAUAUAUCAUUAUGUUAUAGAUCUAUUUUCUGUAUUGUUUUUGUUCUUAUGUCACACUACUCUACACACGGGAGAAUCGCUCGGCUGGAGUCGUCUCUGCAGCACUAAAGGACCCUUCACGUCACACAACGCCGCAGUGGGACUGAACAUGCGUGUGGAUCCGCGCAGGACCACCCAAGUAACACCUCGUACUGAGCGGGACACACAGAACCGCUUCGCUCUUCGCUCAUUUUUUUUUGUGGAGAAAACAUGUAGACUUUUAUUUUUUUUUCUUCUUCUUCUUCUUCUUCUCGACUGCACCGUGCGAUUGCUUGAGACUAUACAUGCAAUGUUGGUAAAUACCUUUGAACCCAUCGUCGUAGUGAAUUAAUAAAACAUCUUUUUUUGGACAUAACAAUUGGUCGAACUCGCUAGGAAUGACUCGGCCUAUUUACAAGUCAAUUUUGUUUUUCUACUUUUUGAUGCCAAGAAUUUUUGAACAUCCACACAUUCAUGUAAAAAUCUCAUAUACAUACGAUAGAAUGCAGGUUGGUCCUUUAGAAAUAAAAUGGGGAA